AUGGCUAAUAAUCGCGUUCCGAUCAACUACGAAGUGCCGGCGUUUCCUUCCUUGUACGAUCCCCUUCCGUCGCAUCAUCAUGAGGCCUACUAUCUAUACUACACGACCGAUAUUUGGCGCUUCACAAUGCUCUGGACACUUGUGUUUUACGCCGCGACUCAUCUGACGGUUGCUGCUUGCGCGGUACUGACACAUUGCCGCAAUUGGAGGUUGAUUUGGAUUGUACCUGUGGUUUACAGCUUCAUUGCGGGGCUACAGGGGCUUUUCGCUGGCAGUAUAGUCGGUGUUGUCCUCGGGGCAGUGUAUGAAGCAGGCAAUUUCAGGAUGUCGACUUGGUUACCGAUGGUAUGGGGUGGUGUUAAUGUCAUGGUGUUGGUUGUCACCAGUUUCCCAAUGCAAGGCGGUCUUUGA